AAGAAAAACGUCAUUAUUGAGACAAAUAUUAGCGCCUGGAGCGCUGAGGAAGAAUACAACUUCCGGAAAGGAGAUGUAUAAGUGAAUUCGGAAACAAACUUUUACGUCUCCCCUCUCAGAUGUGAUUCCCCCUUUUUUCUCUCCUCUUUCUCUCUCAUAACGCAUUGCUUGCACGCUCGUCAGCCUGUCGCACAUACACCUUUGCGUCAUUAACAUGCGCGCGAAGGAAGAACUGAUGCCCGAAGAUAUUGUGGACGCGUGCCAUCAUUAAAAAAAAGAGAAUCCAUUAGGUCAACGGUCAUGGACACAGUGCACCCCCUGCAGUCGUGAUCAGAUACAAGUGAACACACGAGCGCGAGACUUUCUAAAUUCCCUAGUAUUCCGAUGACUCUAAAUCCUUGUAAUCAAGCACGCAUCGCGAAUCACUUUUACUGAUUUUUCAUCCGGCAACGCGUCCGAUGUUAUAUCAUAAACCACGCGAGCGCGGGAGAUGGCGGUCAGUGUCGUCGGAUAUUUUCUUCUUGUUCUCGUCGUCUUCUUUCUUCAGCAACACGGUGUGACAGCGCAAAAUCAACAAAAUAAAACUUUAAAGGAUCUAUUCAACAGUACCUCUUGUGCGCAACCUCCUUACAAGUGUCCUCAUCCACAAAUCGAAUUUUAUUUAUAUACCAGAAAAACUCAAAAAGAUCCAGAAAUUUUGGACGUUCGAAAGUACAGAUCAUUGCAGCGCUCUCAUUUCAAUCCAAAGCAUUCAACAAAAAUAAUUAUCCACGGAUUUGGAGGUGGAAGAAAUCUAGCACCAAGCACAGAUCUAAGAGACGCUUUCUUUACGCGAGGCAAUUAUAACGUUAUUAUUGUCGAUUACGGUUCUUUGGUACGGGAGCCAUGCCUUUCGCAAAUACGAUGGGGACCGGAUUUCUGUUCACGAUGUGUUGCUCAGUUGGUAAAGUACCUGAGGGAUCAUCCACGGGGUAUACGUGUCGAGGAUAUUCACAUACUUGGGUACAGCGUGGGAGCUCACAUCGCUGGCCUGGUAGCAAACUAUUUGCCAGAUGACAAAUUGGGAAGGAUCACGGGCUUGGAUCCUACAAUAUUUUUCUACAUGAAUGGGAACAGGUCGAUGGAUUUAGACGAGACCGAUGCUCAUUUUGUAGAUGUGAUCCACACGGGAGCAGGAAUCCUGGGACAGUGGGGUCCGAAUGGCCACGCGGAUUUCUAUGUGAACGGUGGAUCGAGUCAGCCCGGAUGCGCUACGACCUCUCUACUUCUAUUUUGCGUAAGAAACUCUGUCCUGCGACCACACCAAAGUCACUCCCUACUACAUCGAAUCCAUCACGACGAAGGUAGGAUUCUGGGCAGCACCAUGCGGAAACCUCUUCUCCUACCUGAUCGGAUGGUGCAGCCCAAAAGACGAGGAGCUCGUCCCGAUGGGAGAAGAUACCCCACAUUCAGCAAGAGGAAUCUUCUAUCUGUCAACAAACGCACACAAACCGUACGCCCGAGGACAUCCCGGAAAAAGGCUGCAACCGACAAGUCGGAAGCGAUCGUCCUACCGCCAGUAUUAAGCCUACUAAAGCAGUUAAUCAACAUAAUUAUAGAAUAGCUUUAAUUUACUGUUAGCGUUACACGUAGACUUGUAAAGUUAGAAACUUAAUAUUAACACAUUAUUUCAUGUGCCUAUUCUUUAUUACAUACUUUACAAAAAUUCAUUCGUGUCAUUAUUCAGAAUAAAAAUAUUUUUUAUUACGUAA